AUGGUGGAAUGGAUGCUAAUAGGAUUGCUGAUAACAGGGUUUGCUGAUGGAAAAUUCCCUGUUAGAUACCUGGGAAUCCCUCUUGACAGCAAGAAGCUUAAUGCUAACCAUUAUAUGCCUUUAAUUGACAAAGUCAUGGCAAGGAUCAGACACUGGACUGCUAAGCUUUUGAGUAUUGCAGGGAGAAUACAACUGGUCAAAAGCACACUCACUGCCAUAGCCCAGUUUUGGAUGGCUAGUCUGCCCUUUCCAGCUAGUAUCAUUCAAAAACUGGAGAGCAUGUGUAGAUCCUAUAUAUGGGCAGGUUCCUCGAGUUUAAGCAAGAAGAGUCCAGUGGCAUGGAAGAGAGUCUGCACACCUAUCAAACAAGGAGGCCUGAGCAUUCUGAAUCUGCAGGUAUGGAAUCUUGUAGCUGCUCUCAAAUGUCUCUGGAAAAUUAGUAUGAAGGAGAAUAAUUUGCGGGUUAAAUGGAUACACUCUUAUUAUCUGAAAGGCAGGGAUGUGUUGAGUGAUAUUCAGAAUACCAACUGUACUUGGAUUACUAAAAGCAUUAUGGCUUCUAAAGAAAUGCUGGGCAGGAUUGGCAAUCUUUGGCAAGACAUGAAGGUUCAAAAGAAAUUCAGCAUGAUGAGAGUUUAUGAUGUUCUGAUUGAUGAUAACACUAGAACUGAUUGGUAUCACCUGCUUGCCCAUAACUUUGCUCGACCUAGAGCUAAGGUGAUCAUGUGGCUGGUGUGCCUCAACAGACUCCCUACUAAAGUGAGGUUGAAAAACAUGGGGAUUCUACAGAGUUCCAACUGCCAGCUCUAUAACAAUGAGGAGGAAGAUUUGGAGCAUUUAAUGUACAAUUGUUCUGAAACUGCUCAGGUUUGGAUUGAUACUUUGAAGUGGAUGAAUAUGGACAUACACCAACAAGUAACCCUUGAUUGGUUAAAGAAGAUUGCCAAAGGUAAAGGGUGGAAGAAUCACGUGUUCAAAGUUGUUGCAACUGAAGCUUGCUAUGGAAUUUGGAUGUAUAGAAACUCCAAAAUUUUUGAAAACAAAGGGUCCUAUAGUGAUAUGCAUAGAGUUACUAGAAACAUUGUUGAUUCUAUUGUAUAUAGGGGGUGGAUGAAGCCCAAGUAUAGAAAACACAUUGUAAAUAUCCUUAUGUAA